GAGCAUCAUUCGGGACAGAACACUGAAUCUAGAUCAGGUUUUUUUGUAUUCAAAAUGAUAAGCAGCAAUUGCCUCCUCAUCGCCUUAGCUGUUCCCCUUCUGUUUGCCAUAGAAUCGGCUCGAGCGGCCUAUGCCGAUGCCUGCACUACUCCCAAUGGCCAUGGGGGUCAGUGUUUGCCUUAUACCUCAUGCAAGGAUGUGGAAGAGCGUCUUGUGAGUGCUCAAAAAUCUGGAAUAUCUGUAGCACCUGACUAUGCUAACUAUUUGCAAAAGGCUUCUUGUGGAGAAGUUAAUGGCAUUCGACAUUUUUGCUGUGCUGAAUCCCAAAUCCAGCAUAAUUCCAAGGUGAUGUCUCUGUUUAUGGAUAAAGAUUUCAAAUGCGGUUCCUAUCUCGACACCCGUGUGGCCAACGGCUAUGAGGUGAAACUCUCGUCACGUCCUUGGAUGGCUUUGUUGCGUUAUCAUCAAUUUGGAGAGCCGCGUUUCCUCUGCGGUGGUGCUCUGAUCUCAGAACGCUACAUCCUCACAGCUGCCCAUUGUGUACAUGGACUUCAAGAAGAUUUAUAUCAGAUUCGAUUGGGCGAACACAAAAUCUCAACUUCGGAGGAUUGCCGGAAGCAAGGACGCAAAACUAAAUGCGCUCCGCCAGUCCAGGAUAUUGGCAUUGAGAAGUAUCUACUUCACGAGGAAUAUGACCCACGACUUGUCUCAAACGACAUUGCCCUCUUGCGUCUGAAUGUUAGCGCUCGUUUUGAUAAGCACAUCAAACCCAUUUGUUUGCCCAUUACGGAUGAACUGAAGCAAGAAGCUGAGAAGCAAAAGACAUAUUUUGUAACCGGUUGGGGCACCACCGAGAAUGGCUCUGCCUCGGAUGUUCUGCUGCAGGCAAAUGUGCCAAUUCAGCCACGUUCAGCCUGCUCUCAGGCCUAUAGACGUGCAGUGCCUCUUAGUCAGUUAUGUGUGGGUGGAGGCGAUUUACAAGAUUCCUGCAAGGGGGACUCUGGCGGACCAUUGCAGGCCCCAGUUCCCUAUUUGGGCGAAUAUGCCCUACGAAUGGUCGAGUUUGGCAUUGUUAGCCAGGGUGUGGUAUCGUGUGGACAAAUUAGUUUGCCCGGACUAUAUACAAAUGUGGCCGAAUAUGUCCAAUGGAUAACCGACACCAUGGCAAUCAAUGGACUCUAAACUGUGCAUGCCAUUUGUGCAAUCAAAUUUAUUUGUAUCUCCUUAUUAACGUUUAAGCCACAAAAUAUACACAUAUAUUCAUACAUACAUAAGUAUAUAUACGAUAUUUGUAAAUGCAUUUAGAAUGAGACUUCUCACUUCAUCACUAACUGUCUGUCUUCCCGCGUUUGGGAUGAGUAAUCGACAAGUUACUUUAGUCUCUGCUUAAUUAUAAGCAAUUAAUAUCGAAAACAAUUAUUAAGCAAUAUAUUGAAAUUAUAAAUUUUAAUACAAUAUUGCGCAAUACAUUGUAUUAGUAAUGCUAAAGUAAGAUGCUUCUCUUAAAAAUAAAAAGUUGCUGCUGUUUUUUACUCACUAAAA